AUGUCCUCGACGGACGAAUUCGACCCAGAGUCUCAGCGGAGAACCUACCAGGCGCCACACUCUGCCCGCCAUCCUAUUCCUACCAUCCAGAAAUACAGGGCCGAGCGGAGCGAGUUGAACAACCAGCAGCAACAAGCUGAACAGGCCCAGCAUGAGGAGACGGACGAUUCCACCGUCAAAAGAGCAUACCAUGCCGCAAAAGGCAUCUUAAAGGGCGAGGAUGAAGGCCCCAGAUCGACGCACGACCCCUACCGGUCUCAAAAUCGGAAUAUUCAGAACCCUCCUGGACAGCCAGGUGGAAGAGAUGAGCAAGGAGAAGAACAGGAUCAAAAGGAGGAGGACCAGGGUCAGCAACAACCACAACCAAAACCACAAGACCGGGAUGCAGGGGAUAUUAAGACAGACGAACCAGGUCAAUCGGCUACCGAGGCCGUGGCGGGUCACCAUGACCCUCGCCAAAAGAGAAAGGACAUGAAACACAAGAAGCGCAGUGAUGGGGGUCGAGAAGUCACAGAUCCGGUGACUCACCUGCCCAUCAUCAUUCGAGACUCGACGCACAAGGAUCUCAAGGCUGUCGAACAGAAUAUCCCCUCGACAGGGACAGAUUUCCGCACCAAAACAGGAGUCAGCGGCGCCAGGAAAUCGAGCCAAGAGCUCGAAAAGGAGCGCGAGGAGGCCCAGGACAGCCUCGACGGCAUACAAAAGUUGUUCCCACCUCCGAAGUUUGAUGACUUGAAGAAUGAGCUGGCGAGGACGUAUGAGCGUGCAGUCACGAUAGGCCUUAUCAGCGCCGUAGGGCUGCUAUUGCUGGGGGAGGUCGCCGCUCGAGUAUCUGGGGUAAGCCUCUACGAUAAAGGUUCACCCUGGCGGUCGAGACUCUCUGCUGCCGUGGUUGCCAUCUUCAUCCCGGGUGUCAUUGCGGCGGCCGUGAUCUUCGUGGUCAGGGACUGGCUCGGGAAGAAGGUGGAAGCCAUCUGCAAAGAUGAGAUUUGGGAUGCCGCACGUCAGGAGGAACUUCACACCACGCAGGCUGAACAUGCCAUCCCAGAAUCAGUCGCUUGGUUAAACAACCUCUUGUCCGCCGUUUGGCCCCUCGUCAAUCCGGAUCUGUUCACUUCGAUCUCAGAUAUGUUGGAGGACGUCAUGCAGGCAUCUCUUCCAAAAGUGGUGCGAAUGGUGAGCGUCGACGAUCUGGGCCAAGGGAGUGAGGCCUUUCGCAUUCUCGGAAUCAAUUGGUUACCCACAGGUGCGGCAAGUCGAUCUGUCGGCGCGGACGGUCGAAUUCAGAAAGCUGGAAACGAUGGGGAUAACGAUCGGACGGCGUCCAAUGAGGGAGAGAUUGAGAAUAGCGCCGGCGGCGAGGACAAGAGCACGUCGGAUGACAGCGCCCAGAACAAGCAGCAAAAGCAGGAGGAUGAGCAAGCGAUCCGAGAAGGUAUGGAGGCCGAACAGGGCGACUUUGUCAACAUGGAGCUCGCAUUCGCCUAUCGAGCCCGAUCUUCCGGCAAGUCUUUGCAGGCAAAAGCAAAGAACGCCCAUAUCUACCUCAAAUUCUACCUGCCAGGAGGCAUCGCCGUCCCGGUCUGGGUGGAACUGCGCGGGAUUAUUGGCACAAUGCGACUUCGACUCCAGCUCACUCCUGACCCUCCGUUCUUCAGCCUCUGCACUCUGUCCUUCAUGGGACAACCGCAGGCGGAUCUGUCCUGUGUGCCGUUAUCACGGCACGCACUCAACCUCAUGGAUGUGCCGCUCAUUUCGUCGUUUGUUCAGUCGUCGAUUGACGCGGCUUUGGCUGAGUACGUGGCGCCAAAGAGUCUGACGCUCGAUCUCAAAGACAUGCUUGUGGGUGACGAUUUCAAAAAGGACACAGUCACUCGAGGAGUCGUCAUGAUCUUUAUCGAGUCUGCCUCGGGUUUCAAGGAAGGGGAUGGAGGCAUCGGUCCGAUGAAAGGGUCGAGCGACGCAUAUGUCACCGUGUCUUGGGGCAAAUUUGGCAAGCCUGUUGCCUCGACGAGGAUCAUUGUCGACGAUCAAGCGCCGAAUUGGUCAGAGUGGUCGCACAUUCUGGUCACGCCUGAAGAGCUCAACGCCGACGAAAAGCUGCGACUUCAGCUCUGGGAUUCCGACAGAUAUACGGCAGACGAUGACCUUGGUCGCGUUGAGGUGGACCUUCGCGAGCUCAUGCACAGCUCCAAGACAAAGAACAGGAUGUGUGAUCGUGAAGAUCGCUUUGUGGGUGAAGAGCCCGAAGAGAAGAUGCCUGGUACCCUUCGAUGGCGUGUGGGCUACUUCACCAAAACCAAGAUCACAGAGGAGCAACUUGCGAAACAGACUGCUGAUCCCAACGUCCGCACAAUAGGGGACCUGAGGAAGCAAGUCGGCGAGACGGCAGAGCGCAAGUUGCGGGAGGCCACGGCGCAUGACGAAAGCAAGGAAAUCAAGCAGCAGAAAGAAGAGGAUUUCAAGGAGCGCGAAGACGCCUUGAUCAUCUCCAGUCCCCCACCGGAUGACUAUGUCAGCGGGAUAUUCAGCAUCCAAAUCCACAACAUCACCGGACUGGAGGUUGAGUCUCUGCAGAAGCGAGAGAAAAACACCGGCAACGAUAACCGCGAAGACGAGGCCGAGCAAAAUGACGACCUUCCCAGUAGCUACGCGACCAUUAUUCUGAAUCAUCAGAAGAUCUACCGGACGAGAACCAAGCCGAAGAAUGCGAAGCCAUUUUUCAAUGCUGGCACCGAACGAUUCGUCCCCAACUGGAAGACUGCGGAGGUGAUGAUUUCCGUUCGCGAUGAUCGUGAGCGCGAAGAUGAUGCUCUGCUGGGCAUAAUCUACCUCCCUUUACAGAAGGUCUUUGAGGAAAGGAGCCAAGUGAUGCAGACCUACCCGCUGGUUGGUGGUAUUGGGUACGGUCGGGCCCGCAUCAGCAUGGUUUGGCGCAGUCUUGACUUGAAGUUGCCGAAAGAAUUACUCGGAUGGAAUGUCGGAACACUGGAGGUCAAAUGCCCCGUCAGAGCAAAAGGGGGAAGAGGGAACACGACGGAGCACGGAUCAUUCACCCAGCAACGAAUCAAGCUGAGAACCAACCUGAUGAAGGCUAAGAUGCACCCCAGCGACUCGGAUCAGGGUUGUGAAUGGAGAUCCAAAGGCGACAAAGAAUCCGUUUUCCUUGCAGUGCGCAAGCGCUAUUCAAGCUCGUUGACUAUUGAAUUCCGCAAGUCUCGCCUUGGCCCUGACGCUACCCCUGCUUUGGGCGUCUUCUGGCUCAAAGACAUCCCAGACGACGAGGAGACAACCAUCGUUGUAAAGCUUUGGAAGGGCAGCAAAGAGGCCAUGCAUCGCGCCACCACGAGUUACGGGUAUUCGGGGCUGGAAGAAAACGAGCAACCGAUUGGCGAGCUUGAGCUCACUGUGAAGUUCUGGAGAGGGCUCAGCGGAUACCACAAGAGUUAUGCCAACAAAGCUCGCAAUGCGGAUUUGAGGCAGGUGAUGGAGGUGUUGGACACGGCGAAUGACGAAGGACAGGUCGAUCAAUACGAGGAUGAAUCCAAGGGGGCUGGAGAAAUUGAUGAGGACGGGGACAGCGAUAGCACGGACGACGACGCUCAGGGCAACAACGGCGACGUGCCAUCGGGCAAAAAGGACAAAUCUCGGCGCAAGCUGCGCACUCACACCAACGACGACUCCUCCGACUCGGACUCGGACUCUGGCACGACGUCCGCAUCGUCCAAGAACCUGCUCAACGGGCCUGCGCGCCUCGUGUCCAAGCCCCUCGGCGCGGUGGGCGCCACAGCCGCCAAUCUCCUCGACGUCAACGGACAUAAUGACCCCGGCGACGGCUCACGGGGGUUGCGGGCGCAGGUGAGGGACUACAAGGACCACCACCGGGAGCUGCACCGGAAGCACCGGGGGGUCAUGCAGUGGCGAGGAGCGAGGACGGUGGACUGGAUGGUCGGAAAGGCCAAGCGGGUGGAGGGAGGAGUGGAGAGAGUCUUCGAGAGGGAUAAAGACGGGCGUGGCGGCAACGGUGUGGAAACGGAGGUAUGA